CCGCCCGGAGGAGGAGGAAGAGGAGGAAGAAGAGGCUUCAGCUGCCGCCUCUCCGAUCCUCCCUCCCCACCCUCCCCCUUCCCUUUCCGCCCCACACCUUUAUGGACGAGCGCCGGAGCUUGCUCUACUCUCCCGCCGCCUCCUCCGCCGGUCGGCACCCGCGGGGCGGCUCGACCAGCAGCCACCACAACCUGGGCUACGCCGAGCCCCCCCGCCCCCAGCCCGCCCCCGAGCAGGAGGAGGUGGAGGGUGAAGGAGGGGAGGAAGGCAGCAUGACCGUGGUGGGAGGCGGCGGCGGAGGAGACCCUUUGCUGGAAGAACCGCAGCCUCCUCCCGCGCUGCUCUCGGGGGAGCGCUACGAGCAGCCCCCGGCCCCGGCCGUGCCCGCCGGGCAGCCCGCGGGCGCCGGGGAGCACGAGUGCUGCGAGCGGGUGGUGAUCAACAUCUCGGGGCUGCGGUUUGAGACCCAGCUGAAGACGCUGGCACAGUUCCCCGAGACGCUGCUGGGGGACCCGAGGAAGAGGAUGCGCUACUUCGACCCCCUGCGCAACGAGUAUUUCUUCGACCGCAACCGGCCCAGCUUCGACGCCAUCCUCUACUAUUACCAGUCGGGUGGGCGCAUCCGGCGGCCCGUCAAUGUCCCCAUCGACAUCUUCUCCGAGGAGAUCCGCUUCUACCAGCUGGGGGAGGAGGCCAUGGAGAAGUUCCGGGAGGACGAGGGUUUCAUUCGGGAGGAGCAGCGGCCGCUUCCCGACAAGGAGUUCCAGCGCCAAGUGUGGCUCCUCUUCGAGUACCCCGAGAGCUCCGGGCCGGCCCGAGGCAUUGCCAUCGUCUCCGUCCUGGUCAUCCUUAUCUCUAUUGUCAUCUUCUGUCUGGAGACCCUGCCUGAAUUCAGGGAUGACCACGACUAUGAGGGAACUGGGGGGACCUUUGGGACGGGCGGUGGCCCACUCCCACCUGAAGCCUUCACCAACUCCUCGUCCUCGGCUGCUUCCAUGGUGUCGUCCUUCACCGACCCUUUCUUCGUGGUGGAGACUUUGUGCAUCAUCUGGUUCUCCUUCGAGCUGCUGGUCCGUUUCUUUGCCUGCCCCAGCAAGGCCACCUUCUCCAAGAACAUCAUGAACAUCAUUGACAUUGUGGCCAUCAUCCCCUACUUCAUCACGCUGGGCACCGAGCUGGCCGAGAGGCAAGGCAACGGCCAGCAAGCCAUGUCCCUGGCCAUCCUCAGAGUCAUCCGCCUGGUGCGGGUCUUCCGCAUCUUCAAGCUCUCCCGCCACUCCAAGGGGCUGCAGAUCCUGGGCCAGACCCUCAAGGCCAGCAUGCGGGAGCUGGGCCUGCUCAUCUUCUUCCUCUUCAUCGGCGUCAUCCUCUUCUCCAGCGCCGUGUUUGCGGAAGCAGAUGACCCCAGCUCGGGUUUCAGCAGCAUCCCCGACGCCUUCUGGUGGGCCGUGGUGACCAUGACCACGGUGGGCUACGGGGACAUGCACCCCAUCACCAUCGGGGGCAAGAUUGUGGGGUCUCUCUGUGCUAUUGCAGGGGUGCUGACCAUCGCCCUCCCCGUGCCCGUGAUAGUCUCCAAUUUCAAUUAUUUCUACCACCGGGAGACGGAAGGUGAGGAGCAAGCCCAGUACAUGCACGUCGGGAGCUGCCAGCACCUCUCGUCCAGCGAGGAGAUGAAGAAGGCUCGCAGCAAUUCCACCCUCAGCAAGUCCGAGUACAUGGUCAUCGAGGAAGGGGGGAUCAACCACAGUGCAUUCAAACAGGCUGCCUUCAAAGCAGGCAACUGCACAACCACAAACAAUCCCAACUGUGUGAACAUCAAAAAGAUCUUUACGGAUGUUUAAAACAAAAACAAACAAACAAACAAAAUUCCAAAGCAAACAAACAGCGACAAAAACCUGAGGAUGAGGUAAAAUGACACCAAUAAUGAUGAUAACAAUAAUAAUGCAAAGUGACUGUGUGUCGGUGUUGUGUGGAACAUGCACCAUCGUCAGUCUGUGUGUGCCCUCGUUUUGAUACGUUUAUUUUUUUAGAUCCUUCCUUUCUAAAGAUCCAACACUAAAAGGAUUUAAAAUUCUCCGGAGAAGAAAGGGUAAAAAGACAAGGAAGAUGAAGACAAACCACACUCACUGUCGAAACAGCUGUUUGUUCUGCAACGUGUUGCAGGGCAGCUUUGCUUUGUGGGGUUUUGGGGAUCCUCUCGCUUUGCUCCUGAAUUUCCCCCUCCUUUCCCUGAAGGCAGCGUGCAGCCGAUUUCCCUUCCAUCACAUCAGCUCACUUGUUGGAUUAACAACCCCGCAUUGGGUGAGGGAAUGAGGAAAACGUAGCCGAGAGUACCGGAGAGUACCGGGAGGGGGUUGGGAGGAAAUAACCGUUUAAUUUUGCAGAAAGUCUCUGUUACCACAUCGUUAAACAAGGCUUUGUAUUGAAUCCUGUGAUGUGCCAUCACGGGCACGUCACAGAUUCCGGGGUUUUUUUUCUCCCCCCAUUAGAUUGUUUAUGAAAUUCUAAUCUGGUCGGAGACUAAAAGUGCAAUCAAUGCUGAUUUAAAUAGGAAAAAAGCACCAAAAAUCCAGCCCAGAACCCUUGUUUUUUUGUUCUUAGUUCCCUUCCCCUGUAACCUGAUGGAAUUAUUCCCUCCAGUUUGAUCUGUGCGGAGGGAGGAGAGGAAGGGAAGGGCGCAAUGCAAUAGUUCCAGGAGCUGGGAGCGAUGCUGGCGUGGACCAGGGGAUGCAGGAUCAUCUCUGGGCAGCCUCCAAACCCACCCAGCCAGAGACAAAGGGACGUUUCUGCCUUUUAUUUUUUUUUUUUUUUUUUCCUGCAAUGCUUUCGGGAGAGAAGCGACCGCUGAUCCCGAGAAGAUUAAAGCGGCGAACACGCCUUCCAGCGGAAGUCACUGAUUCCGACCAGGAGUGAUGCAGUUGCCAUGGCGACCCUGGUUUCCUGGGAAACCCCAAAAGGUUGUCAUGGCAUCCCUGUUCCCAUCCCCCCCCACACCUCGGUCCUUGCUCUUCCCGCAAAAACGCCUUUUUUUCCAGAUGGUUCCAGCCCUGCCAUCCCGCAGGACAUCGUGGCAUUCACACCCCCCAUUCCCGGGCCUCGUCCCCCACACUCCGUGCCCAAUAAAACCCCCCACAGGCAAUAAACACCUCCAAACCCACCCGUCCCUUGCUGAGGAGCUCCUCUGGGAGGGAAAUUUGGGGAUUGGAGGUUCAUCCUGCUCCGCCAAGAACGGCUCCAAACCCGGUGGGAAAUGGCCCCGAGCCGGAAAGCUCGGCUGGGAAACCUCGGCAGUCUUUGGGAGAGAAGGGGGACAGGAAAGAGCAGGACUGGAAAAACCAACCAACCAACCAAACAAACAACCAGAAACCCCAACCGGGGGGGAAAAUUUACUGCCUUCAUCUUCACGUGUGCACCAGGGGCCAUGGAACAUCUGAAGGGAUCAGAUAAGAGAAGAAGUUUCAAAAUUAAGACCUUCAGGACUGUGUUGAGGAAUUAAACAUCUCCAAGGAAAAGUCCAACGUCCUGGACACGGUGACUGAUGCUGCUGUGGACCCGACUGUCCUCCCCAGUGAAACCCAGUUCAUAUUCCAGGAACACAUGAACGCAGAUGGAACAUUUGCCAUGUUAUCCGUGUUUUCCAACAAGUGCUUUGUGUAGAAGGAAACAUCUCUGCAGCCAGAAGAUCAUCUCCAACUCAUGUGCAAUGUCACCAGACUGAGCAAAGCCAGGGAAAACUGGAGGAGGGGAGGUGGAAAUUUGGACAUUAUUUCAGUCUGGUUUUAUUAUUUUUUUAAAAAGAAAUUUCUCUUGAAAGAUUAAGCAACCAGAAAGGAAACGUUAAGCAGAGCUGCUAAAGCUCACUCCAAGUGUUUGGCUCGGGGUGGGAGGGAGAGAGGGAAUGCAGUUGCUCUCACUGUUCCCUCGUGAAGGCCAUGGGCUGUGCUCAGCUCUUCCUGAAUAAUUUCUGUUCCAGUUUUCCCACUUUCCUGUUAAUGCCCUUUAGGAUUAGUUCUGUGCUGUACCAAAGGCUGUGAUUUCACUUCAAGUCCUCCUUAAGAAAGUAACUUCUCCAGCGACGCUGAGGGAAGCGGUGUCCAACAGCCGACAAGUUGUGCCUUGUUUUCAGGAUCACUCCGUGAAAAACGAAGGGAAAAUCAAAUUUCUAGGGGUGGAAAAGGUAUAAAAACCCUGAAUCCUUGGCUGAUCACGCUCAUGCUUUGUUCCAUGAGAGCCUGGGUGCCCUUUUCUGCUCUUCCACAGGGAAUAUUUGAGUACUCCCUCAUUUUGGGGAGUCCAGGGCUCCUGUGCCCGUUGCUGUUUCAUUUUGCACGCCAAGGUUUUGGGUGGCACGUUGAAGAGCUGUGGGUUUGCCCCUGCUGGGCUGGGAAGCUGUUAAACCUGGGCUUUCUCCAGGUGCAGUAGGACAAGUGGCCUGCCAAGGGAUACAUCAUCUUCAAAGGGAUAAAUCAUCUGCAAAGGGAUAAAUCAUCCACCAAGGGGUAAAUGCAAGCAGUUGAUGUCCCUCCUGCUCCUGGCUCCCCCUCUCCCUCUCCAGCUUCAUCCCACCUCCUGAUGCUGCCUCUUCCAUCCUGGAGACUAAAAUCAGUCAGAGAAGCAAGGAAACACUUGCAGCAGGGUUGGAUUUAAGGGUGAAAAUAAUGUUGGUGGGACUCAGAUGAACCUCAGGAACCUCUGUGUCUGCAGUGCAAUAAUUCCUUGGGAAUGGUUUUAGGGGGAUGUUAAUUUGGACUGGAUGGAACCAAGGGAGUUGGAGCUUCCUCUGGAGAAGAGGAUGCUCGAGGGGAGGUAACAGGAGACAAAAUGAUGGAGCAGACUCUUGAGUUCGUGCUGAUGUGUCCAAGGACACGCCUUGAGGUUUCUGCCAGGCACCUGGAAGGUUCAACAAGGACCACUCUGCCUGGAGGCAGCUCCAAAACCUGAAUCCUGCCCCCAGCAGAGCUAUUUACCUGCACUUCACACCAAAUUCUGGGCUGGGGGAAUGAGGAACAUCCACAGGAGGCAUCUGUGGAAUGAUGUGAGGCACAACCCCAGUGGGGAUGCACUGGAAAAACAAACACCCUGGCUGGAAGAAAGGCUCUGAAGUGGGAAAACUUGGGAAUAUUCAUGGCAAAGCAACCUGCUGUCCUUGCAGAAGAGCUUUGAAGAGGAACAGGAUCCAAGCAGGUUCAGGCUGGGAUUGCUCUGGACUUGUCUGAUCCUCAGCAGAAGAAGUCACCUUCCUUUUUGGCUGCCUGAGCCUCACUGGCAAACUGCAGCUGAAAUUCAGGUUGAGAAACUGGCCUAAGGUGGAGAAAUGAUGUAGUUCUUGAAAGGAACUCACCAACCUCGGUGAGGCUGCAUUUCUUUUGGUUGUUUUUCCAAACACAGAUGUCUUGGCUCGAAUUCAUCCUCCUGUCACAGCAUCAGUGGUGGUGGAGACCUUGUUUAUGGGAGAAGCCCCCAAACCAGGAAUCUCUGGGGCUUUGUGUAGGUGCAGGGUGGGCAGAAUGGGCUGAAAUGGCAAGAAAAAGAAAGGAAAAGUGACAAAACCAGCAGCUUUAGUCAAUUCAAUGAGUUGGAGAAUGAAGAUGCAAAUAUGGACCCAGCUCUUCAGUUGAUCCUCUUGCUCUUCCCAGCAGGAUACAAACCCUACAUGGAUGAGAAGGGGCUGGUGCUGCUGGCACUGGGAUUUAUGGUGGGUUUAGCAGCACAGGGUGGGGUGGGGAGCAGGAAUGCUCUUACAGAGCCCAUGGAGCAGGUCCCUGAGCUGGGCUGGGGAGCAGGAAUCCUGGAAGAGCCCAUGGAGGAGGUUCUUGAGCCCAGGGAGAUGAGCUGGGGGUGACAAGCUCUGACAGGGACGCUGGAGAAUCCCAGAGGUGACACAACCCACGGUGUGAAAUUAAUCUGCCUGCACAAAUUAGAGCUGAUUAGAGCAGUGGCUCUCAUUAACUCCAGUUUGGCCCUGCCCUUCCCUGAGGGGUGAUGGGGAGAGGGAGCUUCUCCAUGGGAUCCUCCAGCGAGUUUCUCUGCUGGCAGUUCCCCCUGGAUCUGGGAGGGUCUGUGGGUAGAUUGCAAAGCUUUCCAAUCCCCUCUCCCAAGCAUCCCUCCCUGUCACUGCAGAGAGAAGCCACGUCCACCCAGCUUCCUGCAUCCCUCCAGCACCGAAAUUAUUUCAUGUUCAGAUCAUAAAAACCCUGAGAUCUUAACAAAAAACCUUAAAAAAGACCAGUGUUUGAGGAGGGUGAGAGCUGAGCCUGUUUCCAUCACUGGGAACCCCAAAUAACCACAGAUCUCUCUUCCCAGUUGCCACAGAGGGAGCUGCUGGGGGAGCUGGGCUUUUUGGGGACAUGUCACCUCCAAAACUCCUAAGGAGCUGCAAAACCUAUUUGUUUGCAGCCUCCCUGCAGUGUGAUGGGUUCGUAGUGAGAUCCUGACCUGCAAAGGAGGCUGAACAAAAGCUGCUGCAGCUCUGAAAUCGCCAGAGACCCAUCCAAAAACCACUUUUCUACCACGCUGAUGGGUUUGGGCUGCAAACAGCCAAAGCCCCCAUAAAGGGGGGCUUUGCCCACAGAGAUAAUGACGCAUUAACAGGGGGAGAAUCGAUCUUCUGGACUGCAGCACAGACCUGGAUCUUGGGAAGCCCUGGUCCCGAAGGUGUUAUAUUUAGUUUCUUUUGGAACAUGAUCUAGUAGCCCUUAAAAUGGGGGAUAGAAUGUAUCGGUACUAAAGUUAUUUUUUAUUUUUGAGCUUUUUUAUGGGGUGUGGGGUGUGGGGUUGUGUGUGUGUGUGUCUGUAACAUGAUUAUACCUCGUCCGUUUUCAGCAGCCACUUGUUUAAGUAUCUCCAUUAUGGCUCAAAAAAAAUGUGUUUUGACGAUGGAAGAGGUUGGUGGGUCCCAACCGCCUCCCAGGCGCCUCCACACCGACGACAAUCCUGCCAAAAUCCCCACCUUUCCUCCG